AUGCCGCACGGUACGCUCGAAGUAGUCAUUGCAGAAGGACGCCGUAUAAAUGAUCAAGAUGCAGUUGGUAAAAACUACGUAGAAGUUUACUUGGAUAAAAAUUAUAAACUACGGACCACUACCACUUCGAAUAUCAAUAAUCCUGUUUGGAACGAACGAUUCACUUUCGAUAUUCGUGGUAGUGAUGGUUCCAUUCAUUUUGAAAUCUAUGACGACGAUGUCGAACAUAAAGAUCCGAUAGGCAAGUGUAAAGUUAAAGUGAAAUAUGUCAUCGAUAAUGGACACUAUGACAAAUGGGUAAAACUAACACACAUGUCUGAAUUGUCAUCGGAUGGUGAAAUUCAUAUCAUCAUGAAAUUCGAACCGUCCUCGUCAACCCGAUCAGAAAAAGAAUCAUCGUCUUAUUUGCCUCUAAUAUCUGCAUGUUGUGUGGCUAAUUGUUUACCUACUGCUCGUUGA